CAAUGGGGGGCUAUCAGCGAUGACUUCUGGACGAAGUGGGAUUACCCCAAUUGUAUUGGAGCAAUUGAUGGCAAGCACGUCCGCGUCAAAGCGCCAGCCAACAGUGGCAGUACCUUUUUCAACUAUAAAGGUUAUUUUAGCUUUAUUUUGAUGGCUGUCUGUGAUGCCAAUUACCGCUUCACCUUCAUCGACAUCGGAGCCUUCGGCAGGGAAAGUGAUGCUGGGGUCUUUGGUCGGACGGAGUUUGGAGCGCAGCUCAUUCAGGGACAACUCCCUCUGCCGCCACACGCGCCUCUGCCUGGGACAGAUGUGCUGACACCGCCUGUUUUUGUUGCGGAUGAGGCCUUCCCCCAGAAGGUCAACAUCAUGCGCCCAUACCCAGGAUCUCAACAACUGUCUCAGGACCAGAAGGUGUACAAUUACCGGCACUCAAGGGCAAGGCGGGUCAUUGAAAAUGCCUUUGGCAUCCUUGCUGCCAGGUGGCGAAUACUGGGAAGGGCUAUGGAGUGUUCCAUUGACACAGCUGAGGAUGUCACGAAGGCUUGUGUGGCUCUCCACAACUUUUUAUCAAAAGGAGACCAAUCCCUGCCUGAACAAAACCGCUACAUACCCCCAGGAAUGGUCGACGGGGAUGGUGCACCUGGAGAAUGGCGACAGGUGGUCCAGGGAGACACCAACCUUAUUCGCACCCGACGCAUCACAGCCGCAAGAGCCAACCAGGAUGGCAUGGCUGUCAGGGAACUCUUCAAAGAGUACUUUCAGACAGAGCCAGGCAGGAUUGACUGGCAGGACAGGCAUGUCAGACGUGGCACGCUGCAUGAAGAUGUUUGAUUUAAUGUAUGUGUUACUGUCAGGGACAGUCUGUUUUUUGUUUGAAU